CAUUUCGGGGAACUAUUGCAGGGAAGAACGUCGCUGUUGUUGUGGAGAAGAGGAUAUGCGUGGAUGUAGAUUUUGUUGCCGAAGUCAAGGGCAUCUGUAAUCUACACCAUUCUAAUCUUAUAAGGCUCAUUGGAGGUUGCAUGAGUGGGGAUCAAUUGUACCUUGUAUACGACCACAUCUCUGGUGGAAAUUUGCGUCAGUGUUUGCAUAGCGUCAACGCCCCAGGUUUUACCACCCUUAACUCCUGGAAAGUCAGGCUUCGCAUUGCACUUGACGUAGCCAAGGGUCUCGAGUAUCUCCAUGAACAUGCUUCCCCGCCUUUUGUGCACAAAGACAUCAAGAGCACCCGUAUUAUCUUGGACAAUGACCUUCACCCUAGGAUUUCUAGUGUUGGAGUGUCAAGGGUUCGAGGAGAAGCGGCGGUAGAGCUUGGGACAUUGCUUAAUGCAGCUAGCGGGGACGAGGUCAUGAUUGAUGAAAACUCUAUUCCUAGAUCACAGCAGCAGAAAAUGAUACUUGGCCGCCCUUCAGGAAGAAGUCUACGACGUUCGCGCAGCAUCAAGAUUAGGGGAACACACGGUUACAUGGCUCCUGAGUACACCCUCAGCGGCGAGGUUACUCCAAAGCUUGCUGUUUAUGCUUUCGGCGUUGUUUUGUUAGAAUUGUUGUCUGGAGAAGAAGCUGUAAAGAUGCAGCACAAUCCAGGAGAGUCAAUAAUGAAGAAAACCGUGUUAUCUGAUGUAAUAGCUGUCAUUUUUUUGGACUCUGAACCUAGAGCUAGGGUUAGAGCAUGGAUAGACCCGCAGCUGGGAGAUUCAUUUCCUUUGGAUUGUGCAUUUAGGGCUGCGUUUGUGGCCAGAAAAUGUGUGGAGGCAAAUCCUCAUGACAGGCCACCAAUGCGUAAAGUGGCCCUUAGUCUUGAACAAAUAUACACGGCCUCGAAGGAAUGGGAGGAGAACAUGUUGGCAUCUAAGAGCUUAAUGACGUCCGCACUUACUGGUUGAUGAGUCUCAUGAAAUAUAGACCUUGACUUCACAUUUUCACCAGGGAUACUCUUCCCUUACCAAGUGUAUCAUAAAUUUAAUUAUUCUCAGUUUUUAUCUUCGUACCCUA